AUGGCCUCACCCGAUAGCACUACCUAUAGCACGUUCACCAGUCUCAUCGCAACAAGCCCGGCUGUAACAGCCACCGCCUCCGCUGCUCCAACGUACACAUUGAGCACAGCAAACCCGUCGCUGCAAGCUCCUGGUAUCGCUUUCACCUUCAGUUUCCUCGGUAUCGUUCUGGCUGCUGUCGGUGUCGUAACGGCAGUCUUCUACGGCCGUCAACAGAUCAUGUCGCUUCGAAGCUCCCAGGGAUUCGACCAUCGAGUCGAUGUAGAAAUGCAAAAUCUCACCCUUGCGAGGGGUGCGGACAGCGACGAAGGGAACCCGCCAAGCAAUGUUGCAACAGUCAAUGUUCGUAACGGCCCUGCCAACGACAAUAGAUCGACCGACAACGCCUCCGUCAACUAG